GGCGGUCAGUCUUCUGUCUGAGGGACUCAGUGCUGUUCAGUGCUCGUUGAAGCUCAUCGCCACCUCCACUCUUCACCAUGGUCGACGCCUUCUGUGCCACGUGGAAGCUGGUAGACAGCCAGAACUUCGAUGACUACAUGAAAGCGCUGGGCGUCGGCUUCGCGACGAGGCAGGUCGGCAACGUGACCAAGCCGACGAUCGUGAUCAGCCACGAAGGAGACAAAGUGACCGUCAAAACCCUGAGCACCUUCAAGAACACGGAGAUCUCGUUCACACUGGGGGAGGAGUUCGACGAGACCACUGCCGACGACAGGAACGUCAAGUCCACGGUGACUCUGGACGGUGAUCAACUGGUGCACGUGCAGAAGUGGGACGGCAAGGAGACCAAGUUCGUCCGGGAAAUCAAGGACGGCAAACUGGUCAUGACGUUGACCUUCGAAGGCAUCCAGGCCGUCCGCACAUACGAAAAGGCGUAAAGUACAGAACCACCGAGCUUCAGCUUCAGUGUUCCUACUCCUGGUGACUUGAUGACGCUCCAGCAACGUUAUUUUACACUGUAAACCUUUUAUCUGUCGGGAUUGCUUUUUUAACUGCUUUUUAUAUCAAAUGCAUGUGAUCAGGUGUUAAAGUGAGUAAAGUUUGUAAAACCGACUGAAAUACACGAUCGUCUCCACA